AUGAAUGAGAAGAACCAGACGUGGGUCAGUGAGAUUGUUCUCUUGGGGUUUCAGAAUCUCCACAACUUCAAGGUUCCCCUGUUCUCUCUGUUCCUUCUGAUUUACAUUCUGACAGUUUGGGAGAACGUCCUCAUCAUAGUGUUGGUGGCCUUCAGCCGGAACCUCCACUCCCCCAUGUACUUCUUUCUCCAGCAGUUGGCCCUGACUGACCUUCUGGAGGCCUCAAAUAUUGUUCCCACCCUGCUCCAAACUGUAAUACAUGAUGGGGCCACAGUGUCUCUUGUUGGGUGUUUAACACAAAUGUAUUUUUUGGGAGUUUUAGAAGUUUUUGAAUGCAUAUUUCUAGCAGUAAUGGCCUAUGACAGAUACGUGGCCAUCUGCAUCCCCCUGAGAUACACUUCUAUAAUGUCCCACAGGGUUUGUGUUUACCUUACUGUUCUUUCAUGGCUGCUUUCAUUAAGUUCUGAAAUCAUUUUUAUACAUAUGAUUGGUUCCCUCCAAUUAUGUCACCAAAAUACCAUUAACCAUUUCUUCUGUGAUUUCUUUCCAUUUCUAGAACUUUCCUGCUCAGAUACUUUUUUCAUAAAAAUGAAUGCAGUUUUGCUCUGUGUGUUCGUUAUUUUACUUCCCCUGAUACUCAUCAGUGUAUCAUAUAUGUGUAUUGCCCAUGCAAUCCUAAAGAUAGUGUCCCAUACCGGGAGGCAAAAAGCCUUCUCCACCUGCAGCUCCCACUUGGCCGUGGUCUCCAUGUUUUAUGGGACUCUGUGCAGCGUUUAUGUGGUUCCCCCUGGAAACCAAUCCCAGACCAUAAGCAAAGUUCUUUCUCUCUUGUACACUGUAGUGACCCCAUUGAUUAACCCAUUGAUUUAUUGUUGGAGAAGUACCGAUAUGACAGAAUCCCUCAAAAAGCACAAAGAUAGAAUAACUGACUAUAAAAAUAUGGGGAUGAAACCCUUUUUGAUUUACCUUCUACACAUCAGAUCUUAG